AUGGAGUUGAAGUAUUUCAAGAGUAUAUGGUUCGAGGUUAUAAAGACAUUCUCCAAGCUCAAACUCAGAUUCGAGGCAUCUGAUUGGACUAAUGACCAUGAGACUGUUUGGAUUGGACUUUACGCUAACAAGACAUUAAACAAUUGGAUAUGGCAAGACCACAUAGGUUUAGAAUACACUGGUGUAACAUCGUGGAGAACCGGAUACCCGACUCUAUCAAGGAAAAAAAGAGCUAAGGAGAAAAGUAAGGCAAAGUCAGCAACAAGUACCAGCGCUUUCUGUGUACAGAUGGACAUAAAUGGAUGGGCCAAUGACGCCUGUUUAUCCACUUACGAGUAUAUUUGCCAAACAUACACAAACGGUUGCACAGCUGAUGCACCUUAUGUUCUUGAGAACAACUGUUACCAGCUGGUCACCGCAAACACUACUGUAUUAGAAGCAAUGUCAUUAUGCUCGAGUUCUGGAGGGGAUUUAGUCAUGCCGAAAACUGACCAGAUUAACGACUAUAUUUACGACAUCAAUUACGAUGCUGUGGGAACGUGGAUUGGUUUAUACAGACCGGAAGGAAACGAGACUAUUCCCUUCCAAUGGUUUGAUGGCGACUCCAUUACUGAAGAGUAUUUGAACAGAAGUGUGACACACGUGUCUGUGACAGUGCGGAGUGGUACGGAACCAGACCGCUAUACGUACAUGACGAGUUCCGGAUACUGGAAUACAGCUAACAUUGAAGACAGAGACGAUUUAUCUUAUAUAUGUGAAUACCGUAUACUUGCAGAUUGUGGUACAAUAGAGAUUCGAAACGGAAGUACGAUUUCCCAGAAUACAACAGAAGGAAGUGUGCAUGACGUCAAUUGUGACGUUGGUUAUUUUGCUGUUAAUUCCACUACAUCAUGUCGUUCAAAUGGCGAAUGGUAUCCAACUCCAACUUGUACUCCAGUGCAAGCAGUGGUCGACUGUGGAACGCUUAUAAUUGAUAACGGAAGUACAAUAUCUUACAAUACAACAGAAGGAAAUGCUCAUGAAAUCACGUGUAACUAUGGUUACAUACAGUCAAACUGUACAACACAGUGUCAGAGUGAUGGAUCCUGGUACCCUGUUCCGAUAUGCGUUCUUGACACGACCGGGAUAUGUUCGUGUGAAACAGAUAACUUUAAUAUCACAAACUUGGACGAAACUGUUAAUGACAUCAUUAAGAACUUGACAAUAAAUCGAGCACAACUGUCUCGAACUAGGCGGAAACUGUCGUCUGCAGAUGAUGGCCGGGUGUCGUCCCAGUGUUUAGGCUGGUCAGGAAUUGUACUACUAGCUGGCGUUUGUUUUGUUCUAGUGUCCAGCGACGUAAUUAAUCUACUUUCCUUGUUACUUGGAAGAACAUGAGAAAUACAGGCAGUUAUAAACGAUUAGCUUUCGUAUCCAAUAACAAUAUAAUGCUAAUAAUAUGUUAUAUAUAUAUGUGUGUUAAUAUAUGUGUUUUAAAUAUAGUAAAAAUGAACGUUUCUUAUGUAAUAUAUAUAUAUUUUUUAAUUCCCCUCAGUUCUAGACUAGAAUAACUAACCACGAAUGUUAUGCACACCUUAAUUUAAUUAUAUAUUCUGAGCGAGCUUGUACACGUAAAUAAGGGGUUUCAUUACAUUCCUAUGGUGUGAUACACGGUCUACUAAUUUUUUGCUAGAAUGACGUGGCUUGGCUUACCAUCUUAUUUAAAUAAUUAUCUUGACUACCUCAAUGCCAGGUAAAAAGAGAUCAGUUAUACUAUUACAGUAGAACUACUUUCCCAGAAAAAUAUCUACUAACGUAAUUUGCAUCCACAUUAAUUUGUUUAAUACUCGAUGCUCUCUAUU